AUGGUUGUUUUCUCUGCACUGAAUGCACAUGCAGAGAACAUGACAACAGUCAUUGUGGACCUCUCAUAUCAGAACCUGUACUCAGUGCCCAGGGACUUACCACCUAGCACAGAGGCUCUGGAUAUCUCCCACAACAGAAUAAAGCGUCUCACCUAUGACGAUUUCUCAGCCGUUCCGGCUCUGAGAUUUCUCAAUGCGUCUUGGAACGUGCUCAAAGAGAUCAGUUCGGAUGCAUUCAGGGCAACAUCACAGCUGGAGUACCUCGACCUCUCUCACAACAAGCUUCAGAACCUGCUGGGUCAACACUACCUGCUGCUCACACCCAAACUGCAGUUCCUGGACUUGACGUUCAACUGCUUUUCUGCCAUGACUCUCGGAGACGUGUUCCGCAGUCUUACGUAUUUGCAGAACCUGGCACUCAGUGCAGAGGCAGUAAAGACCAAGGACUUCAGAAGCAUUGCUAACAUUCAGCUACAGACUGUGUUUCUCCAAUUACAAAACCUCACCACGUACGAAAAUGGCAGCUUGAGGCACGUCCGAUCUGAGAAAGUUGGCAUCGUUGUCACUAACCGUGCCACAGACAGGGCGCUGAUCGCCGAUGCCCUGUCCACUUUCAAUCAAGUCGAACUGGCAGGCAUCAACUGCAGCCAAAACUACCUGGUAGAAUAUCUGAGACUGAAACCUAUCAUAAAAGCCACUCACCUUCACUUGACUAAUAUGGAGAUGUCCUGGGACCAGGCAACUGAUUUGAUCGAUGUUGGUAUAGAGUCUUCCGUCGAGCACAUCAGCGUGUACAUUAUGACCCUUGUAGGAGAUAUCACUUGGCAUGACAUAACCCAGACAUCUCAACUGCAAUCCUUCAGCAUUAAACAUGUAAUCGUCACUGCGGCUAUCAGUACAUCCCCAGAUGUUCUCUACAGCUUCUUCAUUAACAUGAAAGUGGAGAACCUUACCGUUACAAAUACGGAAUUUGUGUAUAUGAACUGCCCACGGUAUUUGAGUAAUAUAAAAAUGAUGGACUUUUCCAAAAACUUAUUAACCAACAGCGUUUUCUCCUUUAAAGGGUUGGAAUGCAAGAACCUGAAGGCACUUGAAACUUUGAUUUUGAGAGGGAACCGUCUGGAAAACCUGAAGGAGCUGAGCCACCGAGUGCAGUACAUGACCUCACUUCAACACCUGGAUGUGAGCUUUAACUUGCUGAUGUAUAAGGAGGAAUUUGGGGACUGCCAAUGGCCCUUGGACAUCGUCCACCUGAACCUGUCCUCCAACAGCCUGGACCGCUCCGUCUUCAACUGCCUGCCUAUCAGCACGGAAACUCUGGACCUUCAGAAUAACCAGAUUGAUUCCCUCCCUGACUUCCUGCUCCGCCUGAAUGCACUGACGAUGCUGGAUCUGAGCUCCAAUCAGCUUCUGGACCUCCCAAACUGUCACUUUUUCCGAAACCUGGAGGUGCUCCUACUAAGUGACAACUCCCUGUAUACACCGACUAUGAGCAUCGUGGGAAGCUGCCCUCGCCUGAAGGCUGUGGAUGUCAGCAAGAACCCCUUCAUGUGCACAUGUGCCCUCAGGGGGUUUGUAGGCCUGCAGGAACGCUAUCCAAUCAAACUCCUGCACUGGCCACACUUCUACCGUUGCAGCUACCCAGAUUCCUGGCGUGACACGCUUCUGAAGGACUUCCACCUUCCAGACGUAUCUUGCAAUGCAGGUAUACUGGCGGCGGCCAUCCUCUGCCCUGCUGUAGUGAUCGCCAUCAUCACCUUGGCACUGUGCAAGCAGCUGGAUGUGCCCUGGUACCUGGGGAUGAUUUGGCAGUGGACGCGGGCCAAGCAACGGGCGAGGAACCAGGAGAACCUGGAGGGCCUUCAGUUCCACGCGUUCGUGUCCUACAGCCAACACGAUGCGGACUGGGUGAAGAACAAGCUCCUGCCCAGCCUGGAGGAGGACCGGACGCUUCGCGUUUGCCAGCACGAGCGCAACUUUGUCCCGGGGAAGACCAUCGUGGAGAACAUCGUGCGCUGCGUGGAGACCAGCUACCGCUGCAUCUUCGUGCUGUCCUCGCACUUUGUCCGCAGUGAAUGGUGCCACUACGAGCUCUACUUCGCCCAGCACCAGAGACUCUCUCGCGGCUCGGACAGCGUCAUCCUCAUCCUGCUGGAGCCCCUGCCUCAGUACCUCAUCCCCUCCAAGUUCAACCAGCUGAAGGCCAUGAUGGCCCGCCGCACCUACCUGGAGUGGCCGCAGGACUCCAACAAGCACAAGCUCUUCUGGGCUCACCUGCGCGCCGCCCUCCAGGCCCCCCUGCCCCCACAGCCCAACCACAGCCUGAACCCUUAG